GUUAUCUUUUGAAGACUGCACUAAACUAUCUGGCUGCUUAUAAAGCAACUCCUCCUCAACCAACGACGCCUCUGACAAAUAAGAUAAGACAAAUUAAACAGCAGAAUAAAAAUUACAGUGCAAUGCAAGAUAUGAAGGGACUCUCUACAGGUGAAAUCAUUUUUGACAGGAGCACAUCAAACCCCAAACACGAGGCCGGGAGGAACGCACAGAGAAGAUUAACAUAUGAGGAAGCAGUAGAGGAAUCAGGGUUUGGUUUGUUUCACUGGCUGCUGUUGGUGGCUUGUGGUUGGGCCAACGCCAGCGAUGCUGUGGAGAUUCUGUGUGUGUCCUUUCUCCUGCCAACGGCGCGCUGCGAUCUGCUGCUGAGCUCCUCAGACAUGGGCCUGUUGACUGCCAGCAUCUUUCUCGGAAUGAUGGUGGGUGGCUACAUGUGGGGAUACUUGGCCGACCAUAGGGGGCGUCGCAGAGUCUUGGUUGUAUCCCUGACAAUAAACGGGGUGUUUGGAGGUCUGGCCAGCAUGGCUCCGUGGUUCUGGCUCUUCUUGCUGCUGCGGUUCAUUAGCGGCAUUGGGGUCGGCGGGUCGAUCCCUGUUAUCUUCUCGUACUUUUCAGAGUUCAUGCCCCGACUGAGGAGAGGUGCAAUGAUCAGUGCUCUGGCCACCUUCUGGAUGGCAGGAAACAUCUUGGCAGCAGGUCUGGCCUGGCUGGUGAUUCCCAGAACCUGGGCACAUUUUUCUCUGGGAACACUAGACUUCCAGAGCUGGAGACUGUUUGUGGUGCUGUGCUCCAUUCCCAGCCUCACCUCAGCCAUCAUCUUCAGGCUUCUCCUGCCUGAAAGCCCCAAGUUCCUCAUGGAGGUUGGUCAGGAGAAAGAGGCGAUCCAGGUCUUCAAACUGAUGUUUAAGCUGAACAUGCAUGGAAAAGGAAAAGCUUUCCCGGAGUUUGGUUUGUGUACGAGCUCCAAGCCAAAAGGAGAACAGGAGGAGACCGGGACCUGGGGCUCAUGUAGUGAGCGACUUGCCAGUAUUUUAAAAAAGGGCUUGGUGCCCAUUAAACAGAUGUUUAAUGGUUCACUCAAAUCCAGAAGCAUCACUCUGCUCAUCAUCUUCUACUGCAUCUCUUUCAGUUACUACGGGCUGUGGAUGUGGUUCCCAGAGCUCUUUAAGAGAGUUGAGGCCAGUGGUUCACCCUGUGCCAACGUGUCGCUCCCGUCUCAACUCCUUAACCAAAGCUGCUACCCAGUCAAGACAGCAGUGUACAUGGAGGGCUUCGUCAUCGCUGCAUCAAACCUUCCAGGCAACAUCUUCACCAUCCUGAUGAUGGACAGCACCGGAGGAAAGGCCCUGCUCUCUUUCAGCCUGGUGGUGUCCAGUCUGAGUGUCUUCCUCAUCUAUGUGGUCCAAACCAAAGCCCAGAGUCUGAUCCUCUCCUGCGUCUUCAGCGGUGUGUCUGUGAUCGCCUGGAACGCCCUGGAUGUGUUGGGAGCGGAGCUCUACCCAACGAAGCUACGGUCCUCUGCUCUUGGUUUCUUCACAGGCGUGGGCCGAGUGGCAGCGAUCACAGGUAACAUAGUCUUUGGGAAGUUGGUGGACACGAACUGUGCCGUACCGGUCCUGCUGGUCUCUGCUCUGCUGCUGACCGGAGGACUGGUGGCUCUCCUGCUUCCACAGACCAGGCAGACUGAGCUGACCUGAUGACUCAGACAUUUCAGAUGAAUAAAUUAUAAGCAAACAUCCUCUUAAUGUCCUUAAGGAAGGAGAUGGAGGAUUUCUGAUCAUAUAUAUCUCCUGUUUCUGCUCCCAGAGGAUGUCUGAAUCCUGUGCCUUCUGUCAUCUCUCUGUGCCUUUUAUGGUGCCUCAGUUAAAAUGCCAACUAUGAAAUAUUAUUCAGGAAAAGUGAGUAAGAAGAAAAAGACAUGCUGUCGUAUCACAGUGUAUAUUGUGAGCUAGCGAGAACUAAAAUCCUUACCAAACAUUAAUCAGGCUGGUAAACCAUCAAGGACACCUUUAGAAAGUUAGUCUCUAAAGUUUACAAAAGUCACAGCCACUGAGUCAAAAAAGUAGUUUUGACUGACUUGCUGAUGUUGACCUAAUUUAUAAAAAUGUCUAUGAAUGUUUUUGUCA